GACUCCCACAAUAACAGAAGCUAGCACCGGCUAUUUGGCUCCUCACGCAUUACAUAUCACUGCUAUCCGCUGUACACAAGUUUCCCUAGCUAUCCAACGUUCCUCAAACGCCCGCACGAAAAGCACCGGAAUAGUUCAGGUUAUAGCUUGGGAGGAUAUUUGGUGGCUUUCGUCCUAUCGAAGGGGUCUACAUGUCCGUGCCUGGACCUGACAUCCCACUUCGUACCUUUGCACCCGUCUCCUCGUCCAGCCACGAUCACCACCAAGAUACCAAUUCAGAGUCAACGGAGGGCAGAAUGCAUUCAAACGUCCUGAGGGCAGCCGUCGUUCGGUCAGCCGGCAAGAGUCUCAUUACAGGAAGGAAUAAGGGGAAAGGAAAAAUGAGAGAGCAGUACCCGGAUGAAUCUGACGAGGAGGCAACGUUAUUGGGGAAUGUCGAGAGGCACGCGGAUGGAGACAUAAACGAGGAAGAUGUGGAAGAAUCCACGCAGAUGAAGCAGUUGCAGGUGUCUCGGCGUUCGUCCACACUAUCCAAGUCGCGAAGUCGACAGGACAAGUCUCGUACUAUUCCAUUCCGUCCUGGAGACAGGUUUCAGUCACAUUUCCCACCUAACAUGGUCCGCAACCAAAAGUACAACCUAUUCACAUUCUUCCCCUUCGUGUUGUAUGAGCAAUUCAAGUUCUUCUUCAACCUCUAUUUCCUUCUUGUCGCCCUCUCCCAAUUCAUACCCGCGCUCAAGAUUGGCUUCAUCUUCACAUACGUUGCUCCUCUUGCCUUCGUGUUGUGUGUCACAAUGGGAAAAGAAGCAUACGACGACUACAAACGCCACCUCCGGGAUCGCGAGGCUAACUCUCAGAAAUACCUCAUACUCGUUCCCCCUUUGUCACACACUCCUGAUUCUGGUCCCCACACGCGCUCUGUUCCUUCAUCGAGCCUUCGUCUCGGUGAUCUCGUGAUUCUAGAAAAGAACCAACGUGUCCCUGCUGAUAUGGUGCUGCUGCGUACCUCAGACCCUUCUGGUACUUGCUUCAUUCGCACGGACCAGUUGGAUGGAGAGACAGACUGGAAGUUGCGUGUUGCAGCUCCUACUACGCAGAAACUGGGGAGCGACAAAGAAUUGAUGAUGCUAGACGGCGAGAUUUACGCCGAUGUCCCGAUCAAGGAUCUCCAUACGUUUAUCGGCACACUCACAGUAAACGGCACGUUACCCCCCUCACCUCAUGAUUCUUCACCAGCACUGUCACACACCGCAGCGCCCACGGUGGAGCCAUUGACGGCGGAGAAUGUCGUCUGGUCAAAUACAGUGCUUGCUGCCGGGAGUGCCGUAGGGUUUGUCGUAUACACUGGGUCAGAGACGAGGGCCGUAAUGAACACGAGCCAUCCAGAGACGAAAGUUGGCCUAUUGGAUUUAGAAAUCAACAAACUUGCCAAGAUUCUAUGUGCUGUAACAUUCGCAUUGUCGGUCGUCCUCGUCGCACUGAAUGGAUUCCGUGGCUUAUGGUACAUCUAUGUGUUCCGGUUUUUGAUUCUUUUCUCCUCCAUCAUUCCCAUAAGCUUACGAGUCAACCUUGACAUGGGAAAGACAGUGUAUGCGAACCAAAUCAUGACUGAUCCGGAUAUCCCGAACACGAUCGUGAGGACGAGUACACUUCCCGAAGAACUCGGCCGAAUAGAAUAUCUAUUGAGCGACAAGACAGGGACGCUGACUCAAAAUGAAAUGGAGAUGAAGAAACUACACAUGGGAACAAUGUCGUAUGGGUUUGAUUCCAUGGAUGAAGUUGCGCAUCAACUCGCAACCGCCUUUGGUGCUGAGCACGGUAGGCAACCUUCCAUCGCGACCGGAGCCCAACUUGCGACACGUGGUCGACGGGAUAUGUCAUCAAGAUUGCGUGACGUUGUCUUAAGCCUUGCACUCUGUCACAACGUGACUCCGGUUUCUAACGACGAUGGGAGCCUUACCUACCAGGCAUCUUCUCCAGAUGAGGUUGCAAUCGUGAAAUGGACUGAGUCAGUUGGCCUUACGCUUGUCUUUCGCGAUCGAACUCGCAUGGAAUUGCAGACGCCCACUGGAACCCGCCUAUCCUACGAUAUCUUGGAGCUCUUCCCUUUCACAUCCGAAUCAAAGCGCAUGGGAAUUGUCGUGCGCGAGACCCAGUCAGGAGAGUUACUCUUUUUGCAGAAGGGCGCAGACGUCGUAAUGGCACGCAUCGUUCAAAGGAACGACUGGCUCGAGGAGGAAACUGGUAACAUGGCAAGAGAAGGCCUAAGGACGCUCGUUGUUGCCCGGAAGCGACUGACGCCACAGAAUUAUGCCGCAUUCAAACAACGCCAUCACGAAGCCAGCGUUAGGCUGGACGGUCGAAAUGAGGCAAUGGCAGCCGUGGUUGCUGAGUAUCUGGAAAGGGAGCUCGAGUUACUGGGACUUACGGGUGUUGAAGACAAACUGCAAGACGAGGUCAAAUCGACUUUGGAACUGCUGAGGAAUGCUGGGAUCAAGAUAUGGAUGUUAACCGGAGACAAAAUCGAGACUGCCAGAUGUAUCGCCAUAUCUACCAAACUGGUGGCGCGGAACCAAUAUAUCCAUGAAGUUGCAAAACUGAAGACGAGCGAUCAGGUUCGUGACCAGUUGGAGUUCUUGCAGUCAAAAUUGGACUGCUGUCUAGUUAUCGAUGGCGAAUCUCUACAGUUGUGCCUGAACUCCUACAAGAACGAAUUCAUCGAAAUUGCUACGAAACUUUCCGCAGUCGUGGCAUGUCGUUGCUCUCCUACGCAGAAAGCAGAUGUAGCUCGCUUGAUCCGUCAGUACACAAAGAAGAGAGUGUGCUGUAUCGGGGACGGUGGUAACGACGUGAGCAUGAUUCAAGCAGCAGACGUCGGUGUUGGCAUUGUUGGUAAGGAAGGAAAACAGGCCUCCCUUGCUGCCGAUUUCUCCGUCACACAAUUCAGUUAUCUUGCGAAGCUCCUCAUGUGGCAUGGCCGCAACUCCUAUCGACGUUCUGCCAAACUCGCGCAGUUCGUCAUCCAUCGGGGCCUGAUCAUCUCCGUGAUGCAAGCCGUGUUCUCAGCGAUUUUCUAUUUCGCACCUAUAGCUUUAUAUCAGGGGUGGUUGAUGAUGGGGUAUGCAACUGUCUAUACUAUGGCACCCGUGUUUUCGUUGGUAUUGGAUCAAGAUGUCAAUGAGGAUAUUGCCCUAAUAUACCCGGAACUUUACAAGGAGCUGACAAAGGGGCGGUCGCUAUCUUUCAAGACCUUUUUCCAGUGGCUGAUGAUCAGUGUGUACCAAGGCGCUGCGAUCAUGAUCAUGUCUCUAGUUCUGUUUGAAAACGAACUCCUGAAUAUCGUCGCGAUAUCAUUUACCGCUCUCAUUCUUAACGAACUUAUCAUGGUUGGUCUAGAGAUAACGACAUGGCACACGUACAUGGUUAUCGCGGAGGUGGUCACAUUGUUCCUUUAUGUUAUUAGUAUUGCAUUCCUGCCGGAAUACUUCGAUCUCGAGUUUGUGGUGUCUACUCGAUUUGCCUGGAAGGUGGCAGUCAUUGUUGCUGUGAGCGCGCUGCCAUUGUAUGUCAUUAAGGCCAUACGGAGUAGAAUAGCACCAGCAGCAUACAGCAAGCUGUUGUAGAGAUAUCUCCUCGCACGAACCACUUAUUCCUUGACCCCAUCAGGACAGGUCUGUAGACUCAUGAUCACCGAUCAUACCGGACCGGGAGCUCCGGUCACGUGCGUGGGGCGCCUUUGGGGUUGGCAUGUUUGGUUGGAGUUUUCCACUCAUCACGCUGCAGAACGUCCUGCAGACUAGUUGGAAGCACAUAGUUGGGUGUGUGCAUAAUCUUAUGGACAGUGGCGUGCGCCGCUCGUAUGUCGGCGUCGCUGGAGUCAGCGACGGUGGUGCCGUCAGUUAUGAGUUUAUACGACAGGAG